AUGCUGCUGGCCACCGUUCUGGCUUCUGCCCUCUUCCUCUGCCCCCUGGCGGGCCAGAAGUGUCCCAGCACCGUAGGGGUCUUCUAUGUCAAGCACCUCAUCCAAAAGCUGCAGGUGACCCACUGCUUGUGUCUUCCCGUUCCUUCUGACAACUGCUCCACGCCGUGCUUCCAAGAGGGGCUGUCGCAGAUGACCAACUUCUCCAGGGGAACAGACACUAACAUCUACCAGGUGAUAAAGAUAGUGAAGAGCCAACAGAAGAAAAACUGCCAAGCCUUCUCCUGUGGACAGCCGUGCAACCAGACCACAGACGGCAACGUGCUGACGUUUCUGACACGCCUCCGGGAAACGUUCCAGAAGGAAAAUGAGCGGAGCAGGAACAAGAACGUGUGA